AUUAAUAAUCAAUGUCAAGAAGCAUGAUAUGAGUAAAUCAUGAAACACACUUUUAAGUAAGUUCUUUUGACAUGUUACAAUCUAUAAAUGCCUGGGUUUCCCAUUUUGUCUGUAAAAUAUAUAAACAAUAUUUUAUUUUAAGGCGUAAUAUCAUAAUGCAAAGUCCCACUUCUGACUCAUAUUACUUGUCUAGGGACUGCAUGAUUAUUUCACGUGUUCAGUGUUUGUUUCCUCAUUGCAUGCAUAAUUUUUAAUUACUUCAAAAAGUAAACUUUUGAAGUAAAAGAAGGUAUAAGAACAACAUGUAAACAUAAAAAUACAAGUACGAUAUUUGCUUUCAUAUUGUAAAAUAUUUUGAGUUUAACUUAUAGUAAGUAUAGAGGAAGUAUUAAAUUGAAUAUUCGUUAGGUAACUACAAAUUAAACACAUUGUUUAUUCAUAUUUAUACAUGAGAUUAUCUAAUGACAGUUUAAUAAUAACAUUUAUUUUGACAACAUUUAAAAUCUUUUAUUGCAGGAAGUAAAAUGAAAUUCGUACUUGUAACUUUAGCUUUGUGGGUCUGCUGUAUUGGUGCUGUCUUUGGAGAGUCAGAACCCCUUUAUGGGACAGUCUGUCUCAUCAACGGUGAGGUAAGUAGUAAAUAAUGUGCAGUGAGUACUGUAGAAAUUUCUUUGUAACUUGUGCGAUCGGUAUAACAUAAUCUAUGUGGUAAAUAGUGAUGUAAGUAGUGUAAAAUAUGUGUUGUAAAUUGUGAUGUGAGUAGUGUAUAAUAUUUGCUUAAAAUAGUUUGUGAUUUGAGAUACCGUGUUGUCAUUAUUAAGAUAUGAACAAUUAAUAUUAUUUAUUUGUUAUUGCCAUUAGCUGAGAAUUAUUACCAUUAGCUGAGCAUUAUCGGUAUUAGCUGAGCAUUAUCGUCAUUAGCUGAGCAUUGUUGACUUUAACUGAGCGUUUUUUCAUAGAGAAUGGCUUAAGAAACAUUAGUUAUUGAAAAAUAAACUACAAAACCUACUAUUAUAUAACUUGCAUUUAUAACUUGCUUAAACAACACGCAUACUUCUCUAUGUAAGAACUAGAAUAAAUGACCCGAUAUUAUCGAGAUAAUAACGGUGAUUCCUUUGUGAUAAUUUCUAAUUGUUAUUGCAAAAUCUAAUCACAAUUUAUAACUUUAAAAAUGUAAUGAUAUUUACGUUUCUAACAUCAUUAAAUUUUGAGAAGUAUUUCUCUGUUAUAUAUUAUACUCCUACCCUAUUCCCUUUCACGCUCCUAAACUACUUGUUUGCCCUCAUGACCUUAAAUUCUCCCAUCUAAAUUAUCAAUAAUUAUAUCACAUUUGUCACUAAAGAAGUUAAUUGAGGGACAUUUUACUGCGCUAGAGAAAUAGUUAAGAUUUACCACUUUUCAUGCCAUUAAAUUAAAACUUGUUUUUCUCUAAAAUUUGUUAAAAACCUAAUCUUAAGUUUACAACAAAACCUUAUAAAUGAUAUACAUAAUUUUAUAUUACAGAAAUGCGAUAUAUAUUGAUAUCUUCAUCAAAAAUGUAAAGACAUUUUUGCCCUUUUAAAAAAAAAAUAUAUAUAUAUUAUCAGAAAAUCGUAAAACAAAGAAUUCUUUUAUCUAAAGAAGAAUCGCGCAACCGUUUUCCCUGCCUAUAAUAUAUUUGAGUGGUGUUUUAAAAAUAAUUUAAAUGGUUAAUCUGAUGAAAAUACACACCACUUUACAUUUUGCAAAUUAAAAACCAAAAUAUAUUUACUUUUUUAUAAAUAAAUAUUAACCCACUCUAUUUUUCAAAAUUAAUUUUCAAGUGUGUAAAAUGAUUGGGUUUUGAUAUUCAUGGAUAGACUUAUAUAUGUGUAACCACGUUUUUUAACGCCAUUGAUUUUUCUUAAGUGUUAAGGAUAUGUUCAUUUUUAAACAGAGAAUGUAACAUCUCUUUGAUCACAAAGGUAAUACCAUAGGAUUUAAUAAUACUAUUAUCAUUCACGUGAAAAUGUAGACAUCCUAUUUACUAUCUCCGAUAUGUAUGUACCCAAGGAGGUUAAUUAUAAAUCAAACCAAGAAGGUUAGUUAUUAAUCAAAUUCAUUCCUUUAUUUUGAGACGUAUCUUGUGCUGCCUUGGACAAAAUUAACAUACCCAUAUUUGUAACAAGAGAAUGUAACAUCUCUCUUUUUUCAUAAAUGUAUUCCCAUAGGAUUUAAAUAUAUUGUCCUACGCGUAAAAAUGUACACAUCAUAUUUGCUACAUCAGAUAUGAAUGUUCACAAGAAGAUUACUUAAUUAUCAAAUUCAUUCCUUUAUUUUGAGACGUAUCUUGUGCCGUCUGGGGCAAAUAACCAACCCCUCCCUCUCCCAGAUUUAAAUAAAUUUAGAAAAUUUUCAACCGGAUUGUAGUUCCUUCCAUACUAAAAUAAUGUGCACUUUAUGCGUUUCUUUCUUAUUUUUAUGAGUUAUAAGUGGAUUAAUGAAUGUUAUUUGGCCACGGAGUUGCGCUGCACUGUUUUACUUAAACGGCAUUUUAAUUAUUAUUACAUUUAAAGGUUAGUUUUAUUAAAUUACAAUUUUAAUACAAGUAUAUUUUUGGAAUUAAAAAAGGCAAAACUUUUUGAAUUUUAAAAUAUACAAAACUAAAAUGUGUGUGUGUUUUAUUAACAAUUUAAAAAGCAAUCAAUUGUAUUCAUAAAUUGUACUUUUAAGAAGGAAAAAUACAUUAUCCGUGUUGUCACGGACGGUCAUUAAAUUAAGGAAACCUAAGCGUUUUGGCAAAAUGGGCUUUUUGAGCUGUGACGUCUUUUUUGUGAUUAUUUAGAACACAUUAUCUUUAAUUUAUUUCGCCAUGUUAACAACGCACUAAAAGAAGCACUAAAAAAACGACUGAUGUUUGGGUUUUCCCGAUAAAAGUGAUUGCGUGUAAUUCUUUGAUCAUGAUAAUUUUUUUAAUUUUUUUUUCAUAACUUUCAAACACAUAUAAAUGCUUUAAAAAGUUCCUUAGUUGAUACUUUAAAUGUACUUUUCAUUUAUAAAAUAACACUUAAACUUUUACUAAAAUAAAAGCGGAUUUAAAUUAUUUUUGGCGCAUUUAAAUUUACGUGAUUUUCGUAAAAUAAUAGAAAAUAACUAUGAUUGUUUUUAAUAAUCCUAACGUACUUAAAUCUUUUCUGCUCUUUGGAGUUACGUCAGCAUAGCUCAUUCUUAUAUUGAUAUCCGUCACUAGCAAUGAGGUUUAAUUCAGCGCAAAAUAAAAUUCCGAAAUGACAGCUCUAGAGGCAGCACUUAAAAAUGCCGCAAGUGCGUUUGGUGCGUAAAUAUUUUAUAUGUUUUCACCAAAACUUUUGGUUUAAUAAAUCUGCGAUGUAAAAGGUAUGGGACAUUAUGAUAUUAAUACGGUGGUCAUUGCUUUGGGGGGUAGGGGGGAAUUAAUUGACAGACAUAUUAUUUAAUUUACGUGCAUGCAUGUUUUGUCAUGUAAUCUUAAUUGAUUGGUACUAUACGCUUUACUGCCGCCAUUGUUUAGUGGGUUAUGGCGAGCUAUCUGGUAUUUUGUCAUAGUGAAACAUUUCCAUGAUGUUUCUGUUUAGCGUUUUGCUGAAGGAGACGACGUUGGACAGCGCAUCGAUGGCUGCAACAACUGUUUCUGUUCAGCUGAUGGCUUUGGCUGUACGAGGAUGGCUUGUCCAUGGUACCAACCGCUGGACUGUGAGAUCGAGGGACAGGUAUGGACAUGUGUCUAUAAUUCAACACUAGGGUAAUGAGGGGAGAGACUUACUUUCUGUCACAAUUCAUUUGCUGCCAACGGAUACUGCUUCUAAGUGAUAUUUUUUUCUAUUAUUUAAUUAUGUGGUUUUGUUCACUGACGAAGGCUUCCUUCCGAUACGUACUUUGUUUUUUUUGUCUUACUUUUUUCAGAUUUAAAGCUAAUUUGUUUUACUCAGUUUAUAUUAAUUUAACACUAACAUGUCUUAUUUCUGUUACAUAAAUACUUUUUUAAUUGGGAACGCUUCUUAUAAAUUUGUGUUAUUUUGGACUAAUAUUCUAGCCUGUAGUGACGUAUUCGUUGUUUUUAAAUGUUAUAAAAUCAGACGAACGAAAUCUUUUGAAAUAUCAUACCCAUUUAAGACAUAAUUAAUGUAUGUUGUCAAAAAUAUUUUUUUUGAUAGCUCUACAACCACUACGACAGCGUCCCAUCUGAUGCGUGUGGGGAAUGCAGUUGUAUGAAUGGCAACCUGGCUUGUACCAACUGCCCAGCUUAAAAUCUAUCAGGUAACGCGUUAGACAAAGGCCUAAGUAUUUUAUCUACUUUAUGCUCUAUGUUAAACAAGCAAACCUAUUCCUUAAAUAAUAGAGCUGUUUCUCAGGUAUUCUUUAUUAUGUGGCAACGAAUUUAGUCAGAUUAAAAAAAAAAACUGUUACAUAAGACAAUAGGAAUACAUAUAAACAAACCAUCUUCAUGAUUGUAAUCAUACUAUCUUAAACGUAUCAAAUAUUUUGGAUAUUUUGAGUGAGCUUUCCUCAGAGAUGACUAGGUCUUACUCUCUAACUAGCAAGCUUUACGUUUGAAACAAGACUUGAUAUUAUAAUUCAAGAACAAAAGUGAUCGUUCUAAUAAGUAUUCAUAGUUAAAUUAAAAAAAUAAUAUUUUCUUUUUUUUUUUUUACAUUCUACCAAUAUAAAUUAUUUGUUUGUUAUGGUACAUAACAUUUGAACAUCUUGUUAGAAUUUAUAGAUUUUUUAUACAGUUCACAGAUUUAUAAGUGGUGUUGACGUUGAUGGAGACGUAAAAGUUGAUGACAUCAUCCUGGAAAUAUUCACUGAAAUACUCUCUUGAACGCUAUUCAU